GAUUCUCAAAGUUCUGUAUGAAUUUUUUUUGUAAGACUUUUUUUUUUUUUAUUAAAAAAAGAUAAAAUUACCAACAUGUCCUAUUAGUCGAAAUCAUUACCUAACAAGUCCUAAGGCCCUAUUUGGGAACAGGCUAAUUUAGUAACUUUUUAGCUAUUUGGCUAAAAUAUGAGCUAAAAAAAACUAGUAUGUUUGGGAUGACUUUUUGACUUUUUACGAAAAGAUGUGCAAAAAGUAGAGAGAAAAGAGAAUCUUUGACUUUUUGGUAUGGGUUGUUGGCUUUUUAACUUUUUUUAAUAACUUUUUAGCUUUUUGGCUAAACCGACCGUUCCCAAACGAAGUCUAAGUAACAUUUUUAUGAACAUAUUAAUCCUGGAAAUUGUGUUUUUUUUUUUUUGUUUUUUCCUAUUGCAAUGAGUUUGUUGUGAAAUCAUUGUAAAUUAUGGAUUAACGGGUUGGAUUGUGAGGGAAAAAUCAAAAAUAUGAACCUAUUAACUUAGAGAGUCACUUGUUAGGUAUGAAGUCUGGUCCAUAAGACUGGGAGUUAACAGUCCAGAAAAGCAAGCCUGCCUCAUAGAAUCUAAAACCUAGAGGCCCAUUAUUGUGACCCAAUUUUUUAGACAAAAAGAGGCCCAAUCGCCCCAAUCUGGUUCUUUUUAACGAUAACAUCGUCAUUACCGCCGAAAAGUUUAAAAAAUCAGAAAAGACAACUGACUCAAACUGAUCAGACUCAAUCAGCUGCCACGUGUCGCCAUGCACAUGCAACGUGUCACAGACAAGCCACGUAUCUUCCUCCCUCUCUGCCACCACUUUUUCCCCAUUAUAUAACCAAAACCAAACCCAUAUUUCACUACUACCCACCAUAGCUCUCUCUCUCUCUCUCUCUAACAAUGUUGAAGAAAUAUGGGAAAUUGCUGGUACUUUUCUUGAUUUGCUUACAAGUCAUUGUCAGUGUAAGAGCUUUGGGUCAUGAUGAUGAUGAUCAUCAUGAGGGGGAUUGGAGUGCGGGGUCAGUGGUGAGGAAAGAUGAGAGGAAGUCAGUUGUGUCGACAGAAUAUGGGGAGAUCUCGGCAGUUGAAAUCAGUGACGGAGUCAGAGGAGGGGGGCGUUAUCAUCUUCAGUUCAUAACAUUGGAGCCCGAUGCUCUGUUUCUUCCUGUACUCCUUCAUGCAGACAUGGUCUUCUAUGUCCACUCUGGGGGUGGGAGAUUGAGUUGGGUUGACGAAGAUGAAAUGAGACGUGUAAAUUUACAACGAGGUGAUGUCUAUAGAAUGCAGCACGGGACUGUAUUCUUUGUACAAAGCAACUUAGAACCGGAACGACAGAAGCUCAGAAUCUACGCUAUCUUCACCAACUCAAUCGACGACUUGCAUGAACCCAAUAUGAGGGUGUAUUCAAGCAUUCGCGACCUCAUCCUCGGCUUUGAUAAUAAAGUCCUCCAAGAAGCCUUCAUGGUUUCCGAGGAUGUGAUAGAAGAAUUAACAAGGGGAGCAAUGCCGCUGGCAAUAGGACAUGCGCCCCCAAGGAAAGAACGAACAUUGUGGGAGCUCGAAGCUCAAUUCAUGAAAGCAAUUUUGGGAAGCAGAGGUUACAGCAUGUUUGACACGAACAACAAGAAGUACAAAGCCCAAGUGUUCAAUAUCCUGAAAGCAGAUCCGGAUUUCGAAAACUGUAAUGGGCGGAGCCUGAUGGUAACCAAGAAACAGUUGCCUGCACUAAGAGGUUCCAAAAUUGGUAUUUUCAUGGUGAACUUGACUAGGGGGUCGAUGAUGGGGCCGCACUGGAAUCCAAUGGCUAGUGAAAUAUCUAUAGUGAUGCAAGGCCAAGGGAUGGUUCGCGUGGUUUGUUCUAGCACAAUGAAUGAAUCAGGAUGCAGAAACAUGAGUUUCAGGGUUGGAGAAGGUGAUGUGUUUGUCGUGCCAAGGUUCCAUCCCAUGGCCCAAAUGGCCUUCAACAACGAGUCAUUCGUUUUCAUGGGAUUCAGCACAACAACAAAGAAGAAUCAUCCUCAGUUCCUCGCGGGAAAAGCCUCAGUCCUCCGAACUUUGGGCCAACAAGUGGUGGCAGCAUCCUUCGGUGUCGCCAACAUGACAAUUAGUCAUCUUUUGGAUUCACAGGGUGAAUCAAUCAUAUUGGAUUGCAUAUCUUGUGCAGAGGAAGAAGAAAGGAUGAUGGAGGAAGAAAUUGAGAAGGAAAAGGAGGAAGCUAGGGAGAGAGAAGAAGAGGAGGCGAGGAAGAGGGAGGAAGAGAAGAAGAGAGAGGAUGAGGAAGAGGAAGCCAGGAGGAGGGAGGAGGAGGAAGCAAAGAGAGAGGAGGAAGAGAAGAGGAGAAAAGAAGAAGAGGAAGCAAGAAAGAGGGCAGAGGAAGAAGCUAGGAGGGAGGAGGAGGAAGCUAGAAAGAGAGAGGAGGAGCAGAGGAGACAGGAACAAGAAGAAGAAGAGGAAGCCAGAAAGAGGGAGGAGGAGGAGGAAGAAAAGAGGAGACGUGAAGAGAAGGAAACCAGAAAGCGGAAGGAGGAAGAGCAGAGACGGGAAAAAGAAGAAGAAACUAGAAAGAGAGAGGAAGUGGAAGCAAGGAGGAAGGAAGAGGAGGCGGCUAGGAGAGAGGAAGACGAAGCCAGGAAGAGGGAGGGGGAGGAAGCAAGAAGACAAGCGGAAGAGGAUGCAAGGAGGAGGGAACAGGAAGAGGCAAGGAGGAAGGUAGAGCAAGAGGAAGAGAGGAGAAGACGAGAAGCGGCAGAGAGAGAGGAAGAAGAGGCCAAGCGACAGGAACAAGAAAGGGAAGAGAUGGAGAAGCGACGAGAAAAAGACACAAGAGAGAGGGAAAGACAAGUAGAGGAAGCCAAAAGGCAAGAGCAAGAAGAAGAGGAGGGUGGCGGCGAAGGCGCAUGAAGAAGAGUUUUGAAAAAAAUGUGGAAGUUUUAGCGUGUCCAACUUGUGUCUACUUGGUCAGUUUGUUACUUACACAUGCUUCUAGGUAGACGAAUAAACCCCCUUGCCAACCUGUGUUUUGUGUUUUUUGUCUAUCUCGGUGUUUUGGUUCAAUGUUUAUUCGUACAGUAAACUUGUGAUCCAUGUUUUUGUCUAUCUUGGUGUACAUAUUCAACCAAGUUAUCAAAGUUAUCCUGCUCUACAUAUUGUAUUCAUACUUUGCACUCUCAUGGCAGGCUUAAGACCACCGAUUGCAGAUCUAAAAAUGUUAAUUUGAGUGUGCAUCCAAUCCAUGGUUCUCUUUGCAGGGUUGUAAGAUAUUUAUUUAUUUAUUUAUUUAUUUUUUCAAUAAUAGAAUAUCUCAUGAAUGUAUCUUCUACAUGCAUAGCAAAAGGAUUUACUGCUGCAAUGCAUCUCAUAAAGGUUGACCACGAGGUUUCAAACCUUCACAUAAAGUGAAAGCAGUGGACAGCCAAGUUGCAAGAGAAAAUCGGUUACAUGAAUUAUGUUUUAUUAUAUUGCUCUAUCAGAGAUUAUAUGUUCAGUUAAGUUUAAUUUUUUUAUUUUUUAUUUUUAAAGUAUGACAUCCAUUGUCAACUUAGGCCAUGUUUGUUUGGGUGGACUGGAUUAGUAUUCCCAUGACUAAUAGUC